CCCGGAAGCUGUCGUUGGCGGCCGCGGGCCGCGGGAAGCCCGGGUGGAAUCUGGGCUACGGAGCGCAGUCGCCAGUCCCGGCUGCUCCGUCCCGGUUGCUCCGUGUCAGCGGAGGACCCCUAGCCGGAGAAGACACCAUUUUGAGCCCACCACGCGCCCCGGCUCGGUCUGGACGUGCCGCCCUGGCGGUGUGGGACCGGUCCAGUCCGGCCCGGCCCUCGGCGUCAGUAAGUGUUCGGGAAGAGACCUCCUAAGGCCCGCACUGCCUUCCGGAGGCUCUCGACCCCGACACUAUGAGAGCCCCGGAGCGCGGGCGGGAAGCAGAACUGCUCCUGUCGCUUUGCGGUGCCUGUAGGACAUCGAGGGCCCAGAACCUUGGCCGGGGUCGCGAUUAGCACCCCAGAUUUCCUAGUAUCAGGGACGAAGUUAUGCCCCAUUCCCCAACACCGAAAUAAAAUAGAAAGAGGGCAGUCAUCUGGGGCAGUCCCGUCAUCCUUUCAACCAUGCAGGCAGAAACAGUGUCCUCGCUACAAAAGACCUCAGCUGUGUCCAGCUAUGGCCUCAGUGACCUGCUCAGUAGCCGGAAGCUGAUGGCUGUCGGGGUCGUGCUUGGCUGGCUCUUGGUCAUCCACUUUCUGGUCAAUGUGUGGCUUCUCUGCCUUCUGUCUGCGUCGUUCAUGGUGCUGGGAGGAUGGCUGGGCUCCAACGCCAUUGUGGGGGCUUCAGGUCGACUGCACCUGGAACGUUUCAUCCCAAUGGCCAUCUGCCCCCCAGACCCCGAGGCAGAGAGACAGCUGGAACAGGAGAUCAACCGCACCAUCCAGAUGAUUAUUCGGGACUUUGUGUCAUCCUGGUAUCGCUCGGUGAGCCAGGAGCCAGCCUUUGAGGAAGAAAUGGAGGCGGCCAUGAGAGGACUGGCCCAGGAGCUGCGGAGAAGGAUGGGCAUGGUGGACCGUCACGCUCUUACCCAAAGGGUUCUGACUCUCUGCGGUCGUCACCUGCAGAGCUAUAUUCGGGCAAAGGAGGCUACAGCAGGAAAGCAGAGUGGUACAGUUGAGCAUUCCCAACUCUGGGAGGCGUACUGCAGGGCAACUGUUCCACAUCCUGCAGUACAAAGCUCCAGUGCUGAGGUUAUCUAUACACGCGGGAUUGUGAAUUUGUUGCUUCAAGGUCUAGUGCCAAAGCCCCACUUGGAGACUCGAACAGGACGCCACGUUGUGGUCGAACUCAUUACUUGCAAUGUGAUCUUACCACUGAUCAGCAAGCUGUCAGAUCCUGACUGGAUCCACCUUGUACUCGUGGGCAUCUUUUCCAAGAAGAGAAGUGAUACAGCAGUGGUUAAACCACUCUGCCCAGCCAGUGCCCCCGGACAGCCCUCAGUGCCCACAUCUCUGCCACUGGUCCUUGAGGUACAGAGUCUGCCGGAAGUAAGAGCUCCUUCUCCCGCUGCAGCCCCAGUGCUCCUAAACUGUAAUGAGCCAGAGGGACUGUUGCGCUCCUCCCCAGAAGUUGAAGAAGGCCAUGAAGUUAUAGAGGGAGAUUUGGGUGGAGGGCCCGAAGAAAGGAAACUAGGGAACAGCUCCUCUCAUUUUCUCCAGCCGGAUAUCCGAGGCCCUCUGUUCCUGUGUGGAGACGCAGAGCUGGAGUCUCCACUGUCCGAACUGAGCAGAGAAACCAUCAUGCUCAUGACCCCAGGCACCUUCCUGUCAGACAGGAUCCAGGACGCCCUGUGUGCCCUAGAGGGCUCCCAUUCUCUCGAGUCUAAGGAUGGUGAGGGAUCUGAAGGGACUGAAGGAGCAGAGGCUGAAGAAGGCCCAGGAACAGACACAGAAACAGGCCUGCUGGUCUCCAUGCUGAAUUCCUGCCCAGAUAUCCAGGUUGACACUGCAGACAAGGAGGUAGAGCAAGACGUCACCUCACUUACACCUCUGCUGUCGAGUCCAGAAAGGACCUGCCCGCCACGCCCAUCAUGCUUAAAAAAAGAUCUUACCAAUGGCGUGAGUUCCUUAGACCCUAGUCUGCCACAGGUUCUGCUUUCCUCCUCUCCAACUGGUCCUCUCAGCUCAGCCACCUUCAGCUUUGAGCCCCUGAGCAGUCCAGAUGGCCCAGUUGUCAUCCAGAACCUGCGCAUCACUGGCACCAUUACUGCCCGAGAGCAUAGUGGCACCGGAUUCCACCCAUACACACUCUACACAGUGAAGUAUGAGACAGUCCUUGAUGGGGAGAACAGCAGCGGCCUGCAGCAGCUGGCAUACCACACUGUAAAUCGUCGCUACCGUGAGUUCCUGAAUCUACAGACCCGUCUGGAGGAGAAAUCAGAUCUACGAAAGUUCAUCAAAAAUGUGAAGGGUCCUAAAAAGCUCUUUCCAGAUCUUCCAUUUGGAAACAUGGAUAGUGACAGAGUAGAAGCCCGUAAGAGCCUCCUGGAAUCAUUCCUAAAGCAACUCUGUGCCAUUCCUGAAAUCGCUAAUAGUGAGGAGAUGCAGGAGUUCCUUGCUCUGAACACAGAUGCUCGUAUUGCCUUUGUCAAGAAACCAUUCAUGGUCUCCAGAAUAGACAAGAUGGUGGUGAAUGCUAUCGUGGACACCUUGAAGACGGCAUUUCCUCGCUCUGAACCCCAGAGUCCUACAGAGGAGCUGAGUGAGGCUGAGACAGAAAGCAAGCCCCAGACAGAAUGCAAGAAGGCUAGCAAGUCCAGGCUGAGGUUCCCAUCCAGUAAAAUUGCUCCAGUGCUGAAUAUGACUGAACCACACGAGAAGAUUCUCUACUCUCUCCAGGAGAGCAAUGCGGAGUCAGAGACCCUGUCCAUUUCUGCGAUGGAAUCCUUUAUUGAAAAACAGACAAAAUUACUAGAAAUGCAGCCAGGAGAAGCCCCAGAAAAAGAUCCUGAACAUGUUCCCAAAGGACAUGUGGAUGAUUACUUGUCAGAUGCAGCCGUGCCAGCCCAAGACCUCAGCAACGGUGAUCCAAGAACGGAGACAGGGUUAGCCGACACAGCCCUGGACCUGCUGCUCUUGCUGCUGACAGAACAGUGGAGGUGGUUGUGUACGGAAAACAUGCAGAAAGUUCUUCAUCUCACCUUCGGGACCCUAAUUCAGAGGUGGCUGGAGGUGCAGGUAGCUAAUCUUACAUGCCCACAGCGCUGGGUGCAGUACCUCCAGCUUCUUCAGGAAUCCAUCUGGCCUGGUGGGGUUUUGCCUAAGCAUCCGCGGCCUGCAAGGACCCAGGAGCAGAAGGCGGCAGCUGAGAAACAGGCUUUGCAGAGCCUGAUGGGCGUCCUGCCAGAUAUUGUAGUUGAAAUCCUGGGGGUGAACAAAUGCCAGCUGAGCUGGAGUCUAGUCUUGGAGUCACUACAGCAACCGCUCAUCAACAGGCAUUUGAUUUAUUGCCUCUGGGACAUCAUCCUGGAAUUCCUGGAUCUCAGUGCCUCCAUUGAGGAGUCCCCCACGGCCACCUCUGCCUCCGAGACCCCAGACAGCGCCGGGAGGACAGGUGUCCCCACUUAGGCUCAGGUCACCCGCCAUUCCUCAGAGGGUAGGGAGGAGAGUGUCUCUGCCACCCAGAGGCCACUUGGCUGGCCUGCACCCUCGGAGCUGGGCGGUGACUUGGAAGGCACAGGUCUCGGUGACACAGGUUUCCCUCAGCUCUGCUCCACUGGAGCAGCUGAGAGGGGUGUGCACGCAACUGUGUGCGUGUGCAGUUGUCGCACCUUCUCUGGUGUUCGGGGUGUCGCUCCCGGGUCGAUGUUCACAGGCAGUCUGCGAGGCGAAGGAAGGAGCCCCUUUUGCCCUCCUUCAUAAGAUUAUUGGCCAGGAGCCCAGCCCAGCAUGUACAUGCACCUAAUCCCCCAACACACACUAUCCAGGUAAACCAGGGAGAAAAGGGGUGGGUUUCCUGGGAGGAGGACACAAUCCCCUGAGCUCUCCGGUCCCACCAGGAAGCUGGAAGUUCAUGAGGACCAUUCUUGAAAGCCAGACCUGGUCCGUGGGGGGGGGGCGUCUCUCCAGGGGCUGCUUGCUCGUGGCUACGCCCCACCACAGCAGCCCUAAGGGGCAUGUGUGUCAUCGGGGGCUGCUUCCCUGGGGCUGCACUUCCCUCCCAGAAGACUUCAGAGCAGACAGCCGAAGCCUCUGGUAGACCCACCACACCUCCACACCCUUUCCUGAGAGGAGGUGCAGCACGGAUUUUAUUGCUUCUAUUUCCUUUUAGUCUCCUCCCCAGGAGCAAUUGAGCCCAGUCCUUUGUGACCCGAUUCCUUCAGCAGGAUCACAGGGGGAUCCUGUGCAUACUCAGCUCAGUGCCGCCGGUGGGAAGGGAAACACCGGCUCCACCACCGAGAAAGCCCCGAGGGCGGGAGCAGGGAGCCGGGAGCCACGGCCUUCUCUCUUCUCUGGUCUGACCGGGAACUGGAGCCCUACUGUCCGCAAGCCUACGGAGAACUGACUGCGCACAAAAAUGCUUUAACUUCCUGUCCUGAGGGGUCUAGUUAGUCUUUAGGAAUACCAGUGACAAAGGCAAAGGGGCUGUCAGGCUGCAGGGUCUUUAGGAAAAGUGGGACAGUGGGGCCCUGGCCAAGGACCUCAGUGGGUUACAGCUUUAUUCCCGGACACCAGGGUUGCAGGUUUGAUCCCGACCAGGGGGCAUAGAAAAGCAACCAAUAAAAGCAUACAUAAGAGAACAACA